CUCUUUUGGUUACGCUUAUGCUAAUGCUCAUUAUCACGAACAUAUCAGCACCGGAGAUUUCAAUUCCAGGAUAUAGUGGUGAGGGACAUACUGGCUCGCCAAAUCAGAAUGACUCAUCAGUUCUUGACCCAAGUACUUUUGAUCUCACAUAGGAGCGAGCAGUGCGCAUCUAACCCUCUAUGGACAUACCUGUCCAUCUCUGGUUAGACGGCGAUCGAUUCAGAUUUCCAUCUCCCUUGUUCGAAAACUUGAAGCCAAAGCAAAGAAAUUUGGUUGAAGUCUUCAUCAAGGUCUGGACUCUAGGUCAAGAAGGACAUCUUGUUCUCGAGCAAGGGGAGAAACGUUAUCAGGACAAUCUUCAACGCCUAUCAAGCUUUACGCAAGCGUCUAUGUCUUUACUCGAUCACCCGGAACUUCUUCAUAGCUGCACAUCAAAGGAACUUACCAAACAAGCUGCUGCAAAGAAGGCUGAAGAGAAUGCUCUGAGAAAGGCUGCUCAAGACGCUGAGUGGAAGGCAAGCAACAUUCACGCUACAGCUGCUAACUUUCAACCUACGGCAGAAACAACCAAGCAAGUCUUUACCAAGGAUGCGAUGGAAGCAGUCUAUGAGGCUUUAUUUGUCAACAUCUUUGCCAAUUCAAAUGCGUGCAACGACAUCGCAUAUGGCGCUACUACAAUGAUGAGACACCGCCCCCUAGAACCACACGAGCAUCCCACAACAUGGCUACCCAAAGACAAAACCGACGAGAUUUGAUGACAGCGAGACGGAUUCUCACAGCAGAUUGACUUGAAGACUGAGACAACCGCACCGACCACCGCACCAAACACUGCGUCUACUGCACCACCGGUUACCACUGCACCAGACACUGCGUCUACCAAUCUUGCAGCACCGACUACAUCUGCAUUUCCUAUCCUUUCAAGUACACCUAUAGCUCGUGCGAAGCGUCCUAUUUGGAAGGAACUAGUCAUCACUCCGUCGCUCAAACCCUGGUGUCUCGGACGAAAAAUGUUAAUGGAAUCUUUUGCUCCCUAUUAUUAUUAUGGGAUUAUAAUUGGAGCACAGA